CAGUGAGUACACAGCAGCCUACUGUCCACUGUUGUGCUCGGUGUCUAUUUUUUUGGGUAGGCUGAUGUAAUGUGACCACACAUUAAGUAAAUGAAGUGGCAUCGUCGUAAGCGGAGCAGGUCAAGUUCAGACGUGUCAGCAGAGGGUGAGGUUUAAAAUUUGCACGCUGAUUUGGUUGACGGUUUGCCGUCACGUCUCUCCUGUCGGUUUCGAUAGCCGAAUUAAGAGCAUGUGAAGCGAGCUGCUCGGGCUCGGACAUGGAGACGCUCUCAGAGAUCAAAAACUCUGAGGACUGCUUCGGCAGGACGUUUUCCGCUCUCACCGUCGACGAUGUGUACAAGAUAGCCAAAGUGAUCGGCACCGAUGUGGAGAAACUCAUCGACGGUUACGGCAAAGAGAGCGCUGAGGGUCUGGUGCCGAAGAUAGUGAAAGUGCUGGAGCUGCUGGAGAGCUUCGCGUCGAGGAACCACGCUCACAAACUGAGGGAAGAGGAGCUUCUGAAGACCUUCGAGACCAUACAGCUGCAACAGCAGAAGAAACGCGGGGGGAAGGAAAACGACGAUGCCAACGAUAAAAACGAGAUACGGGAACUUCAGCAGAAGGAGCAGCAGUGGAAGAGGAGGUGCGAAGAGCUGCAGGUCCAGAUACAGCAGCUCCAGGAAGACAGGGAGGUGCUGGAGAGCAGGCUGAGAGGUAGCCAUGCACAGGAAGACCGUGUUCAGCGGCAGGAGCGUGAGGUGAUGCUAAAGCUGAAGGAGGUGGUGGAUAAACAAAGAGAUGACCUGAGGGCCAAAAGCCAGGAGAUAACUACCAUCACCAAAGAGGUGGAGGCGCUUCAGGAGCAGCUGGACCGCUUUAUGAAAAUGAAUGCAGAGUUGCGACACAAGCAGAAUGUUUUGCAGGCCCAGCUGAAGAGCACCGUGGAGAGGAAGGCCGACAUGGAGGCCGACCUGAAGGAGAAAAACAAAGAAAUAGAAAACCUCCAAGCACAGCUCGACAGAACCAACAGCAACACGCCGUCCCGACCAAGUCCAACAGCACAGGAGCCAAAGAAAAAGCCAACAUCCGAUCAGAAGGAUCCCGAUCAGCCGUGCUUCACCAAGAAGGAGGUGCGCGACAUCCUUUUCGAGAGGAACGAGCUAAAAACCAACCUCUUCCUGGUGCAGGAGGAGCUCAGCUACUAUCAGAGGGAAAUACUGAAUGAGGAGAGGUGUCCAGGUUUUCUCUUAGAAGCUGUGCGCUCUGCCAUCAAGAAAAAAAGAAAGCUCAUUAAAGCCAAGAUGCUUGGGAUUCCUAACAACGAAUGCAGCAGCAGUGAUGAGGAAGACAGGAGUUCUCUGUUUGGCCAAACAGAAGUGGAUGGCACAGAAGUGGAUGGAACAGUGAAACCGGCUGAGUCACGUAUUCGAAACUUCUUUGGCUUCCUGACGAGGUCAAGCAGCGGCCCGGGUCCCACCGACGUGAACAACUCCUCCUGGGAGAUCAUCAGAGACUCCGAGGCCAAUGAGGAGGCGGAGCAGCUGAGGUCUUCCUGAACGCGUUACUGACCACAGAGAUUGAACUGAGAGAUUUCUCUAAGUUUGACACUCAGACAACACUUUCUCCUCACCUCAGUCACAACUUCUCUGCGGUUUUUGCUCAGGGCAAAGGUUAUGAGGACAUUUGAAUGCAGACCCGGAGCACCACGGGAAGAUAAAGAAGCGCAUUUAAACAAUCCCCUCUUAUUUCCUGAAAUUAAGUUUCAACCAUAAUUAGUUAAUGUCUGAUGCCUUCCCCUUUAUCAUGGAAGGAGAAAACAAGAGGAACAUUGUGUAACUACAGUACGAUAUAAGAAAUACUGCUAUGAUAUUCUGUACAGCAAGACAAUCAUGAUUUUUUUCAUUUUAAGAAAAAAAAAUGUAUUUUUGGUAAUUCAGUAAAAUCAGAUUCAGUGUUUAUAUGUAUUUAAAAAAAACCAAAGACAUAGUUUGAGUUUUAUAUAGAUAUAAUUAUCUACUUUAAUAGUACAUAAAGCAGUAAAUUAAGUUCUGCUCAUUUUAUAACUCAUACAAAUAUUUUCACAAACAAAUACAAUCUAACUCAUACCUCAGUGAGGGAAUUUUAAAGCCAUGUGGUUACUCUAUGUUUAACCUCCUAGGACCUGGCGUCCACAUAUGUGGACAUCACAUUUUGGGUUAUUUAGACCAAAAUACUCAAUUUUGCUUUACAAGGGCCUGAUAUCCACUCACGAGGACAUUAU